GAGGAGUAUCAGAUCCGGAUUGGCCGGUGGCCGUGUUGAUCAAAAAGCUCCGGCUUCCGUGUUUGUAGCCAGGCUGGCAAGAAGUCACAAGAGCAUCAAUAACUUUGAGGAGGGGGGCAUGAGGAGAGUCACCCUCUUUGUUAAUGGCAGCCCCAGAAAUGGAAAGGUUGUUGCUGUUUACGGGACACUAUCCGACUUGCUCUCUGUGGCUAGCAGUAAGCUCGGAAUAAAAGCAACAAGUGUGUACAAUGGGAAAGGGGGCCUUAUUGAUGACAUUGCUUUGAUCAGGGACGAUGAUGUUCUGUUUGUAUGUGAAGGGGAGCCAUUUAUUGAUCCUCAGACAGAUGUAAACCCUCCCGAAGCAUUAACAGGAUCUCAUUCAGACUGGAUAACACUCAAUGUCGGAGGACGAUGCUUCACAACAACUCGGAGCACAUUAGUCAGCAAAGAACCUGAUAGCAUGCUGGCUCACAUGUUUAAAGACAAAGAUGCCUGGGGAAACAAAAGAGAUCAUAGAGGGGCCUUCCUGAUUGACCGGAGCCCGGAAUACUUUGAGCCAAUUUUGAAUUAUUUGCGUCAUGGACAACUCAUUGUGAAUGAUGGCAUUAAUUUGCUGGGAGUUCUGGAGGAAGCCCGAUUCUUUGGGGUUGACUCACUAAUUGAACAUCUAGAAGUAGCUAUUAAGAAUUCACAGCCAGCUGAAGAUCAUUCUCCAAUCUCUCGAAAGGAAUUUGUCAGAUUCCUACUUGCAACCUCAACCAAAUCUGAGCUUCGCUGUCAGGGUUUAAAUUUCAGCGGAGCAGAUCUUUCUCGAUUAGAUCUCAGAUACAUAAACUUCAAGAUGGCCAACUUGAGCCGGUGCAACCUAGCCCACGCUAACCUGUGCUGUGCUAAUCUGGAACGAGCAGACCUGUCUGGAUCAGUGCUAGAUUGUGCCAACCUCCAAGGAGUUAAGAUGCUUUGUUCUAAUGCAGAGGGAGCAUCACUGAAAGGAUGCAAUUUUGAAGACCCCUCUGGCCUUAAAGCUAACCUGGAAGGUGCUAACUUGAAAGGUGUUGAUAUGGAAGGGAGCCAGAUGACUGGGAUUAACCUGCGUGUUGCAACUUUGAAAAAUGCCAAGUUAAAAAACUGCAACCUUAGAGGAGCAACUCUGGCAGGAACAGACUUAGAGAACUGUGACCUGUCGGGCUGUGAUCUACAAGAAGCCAACCUGAGAGGCUCCAACGUGAAAGGGGCCAUCUUUGAAGAGAUGCUGACACCUUUGCACAUGUCUCAGAGCGUCAGAUAAGCUGCCAAGCCGUCUGGGAACAUUGCUGCAGCCUUUUUUCUUUUUCUUCACCCUUUAUCCUUAAAGUAGGAGUGAGUGACCUUCCUUAUGCAACUUAAGUUUCUCAGCAGUGCCUCAGGAACCACCUCUGAUCACAUAGCUGUAGACACAUCCCUUUCUGUAGGUACAAGAGCUGCUGCAACCUUCUUGAAUGAAGUUAUGAAAGCAAGUUGACUUCCAAAGCAGUGCAGCAGCUGUUUGCUUGGCGUGCAUCGGCAGCUCUGUGUCACCUCACUCUUGAAUGCAUCUUGGGAUUUAUUAUUUAUAAAAGCACAAUAUAUGCAAUUUAUAUUUAUUAAACCUGUAUUUGCAGUAUAAUCCUCUUGAGAUGGG